GUGAAGGUGGGUCGAGGUUUGCGUUGGGGGAGGGGGGUAUUUGGACAUUCUCUGACCCCCCCACCCACCUCACACAUGGAGGGAGGGCCCAACUCGAAUAUGUGUUCAAAGGUUGCGCAAUGGAGACGAGACGGCAAAGACCUCCGGUGUGUUCUGCCCUCCUAGAGAAGACAACCUCUGAGAGACAGAUGUGUGUGUGUGUGUACUUCUAUUUCUGAAUGGGGGGGUGGGGUGGGGGCUAGUUGGCGGAAUGUGGGAUAUUGGAGCCCACUGGAGGCUGGAUUCUGAAGCCUGAACCUCACAGAUCCACUCGCCUCCCCUGAACACGUGUUAAAUAGUCAAACAUGCACGUUUGCUGAUCAAUACCGGGACACCGUUCAGUCUUGGAAGUUAGCAGAUCCUUCAGGCACUAGGAGAGGAGAUAUGGAGAUCAUCCCCAAAGCUGAAACCUUCAACGGUCGUGCCCAAGCCCCCCAGGCAGAGAAGAAAAUGAAGGAGAGAGGACAGUGGAGCAACAAGCUGGAGUUUGUCCUCUCUGUGGCUGGCGAGAUCAUUGGGCUGGGCAACGUGUGGCGGUUCCCCUAUCUGUGUUACAAGAACGGUGGCGGUGCGUUCUUCAUUCCCUACCUCAUCUUCCUCUUUUCCUGUGGGAUUCCAGUAUUCUUCCUAGAGACUUCGCUUGGCCAGUUCACCAGCGAGGGAGGAAUCACUUGCUGGAGGAAGAUCUGCCCACUCUUUGAAGGUAUCGGCUAUGCUACCCAGGUUAUUGUAGCCCUCCUGAAUUUCUAUUACAUCAUUGUCCUGGCCUGGGGAAUUUUCUACCUGUGCUUUUCCUUCACCUGGGACCUGCCGUGGUCCUCGUGCAAUAACACCUGGAACACAGAAUCCUGCAGGGAGUUCCAGCGGAGAAAUGACUCUUUCAACUACAGCCUCUCUCUCAAUGUAACCUCUCCUGUCAUUGAAUUCUGGGAGAGACGGGUCUUGAGGAUCUCAUCGGGGAUUGACCACAUGGGGGUGCUGCACUGGGACCUGGCGCUGUGCCUCCUUGUCGCCUGGAUCAUGUGCUACUUUUGCAUCUGGAAGGGAGUCAAGUCCACUGGAAAGGUGGUGUACUUCACAGCCACCUUCCCGUACGUGAUGCUGAUGAUCCUGUUAAUCCGAGGAGUCACUCUUCCAGGGGCAUCCAGGGGGAUCCAGUUCUACCUGUACCCUGACCUGGGACGACUGGCUGAUCCUCAGGUGUGGAUGGAUGCUGGGACGCAGAUCUUCUUCUCCUACGCCAUCUGUUUGGGCUGCCUCACAGCCCUGGGGAGCUACAACAAGUACAACAACAACUGCUACAGAGACUGCCUGGCCCUCUGCUUCCUAAACAGCGGGACAAGCUUCGUAGCUGGCUUUGCCAUCUUCUCCAUCCUGGGCUUCAUGUCGUAUGAGCAGAACGUGCCCAUUUCGGAGGUGGCGGAGUCUGGCCCGGGGCUGGCCUUCAUUGCAUACCCACGCGCCGUCUCCAUGAUGCCCUUCUCCCCUGUCUGGUCAUGCUUCUUCUUCAUCAUGAUCGUGCUCCUGGGGCUCGACAGCCAGUUUGUGUGCGUGGAGAGUCUGGUGACAGCCAUGGUGGACAUGUUUCCGUCGGUGUUCCGCCGCACCUACCGGAGGGAGCUCUUCAUCCUCGCCGUUACCGUCGUGUCCUACCUGAUGGGCCUCAUCAUGCUGACUGAGGGUGGCAUGUACAUCUUCCAGCUCUUCGAUUACUACGCUGCCAGCGGGAUGUGCCUCCUCUUUGUGGCCAUCUUUGAAACUGUCUGCAUUGCCUGGAUCUAUGGUGCAGACCGUUUCUAUGACAACAUUGAGGACAUGAUUGGCUACCGGCCUGGCCCUUUCAUGAAGUACUGCUGGCUGGUUUUCUCCCCAGCAACCUGCUUUGGAACGUUCGCAUUCUCCCUCAUUAAGUACACUCCUCUGAAGUACAACAAUGAGUACGUGUACCCCUGGUGGGGCUAUGCCCUGGGCUGGCUGCUGGCCCUCUCCUCCAUGGUCUGCAUCCCACUCUGGGUGGCCUACAAGCUCUGUACCACCAAGGGCUCGCUGAGAGAGCGCAUUUCCCACCUCACCCAACCCUCCAAUGAUUUGCCGAAAAGCAAGAGGGAGCAGGAGAAACUGCAGGUCAUCUUCGCCCCUGAUGGAGAAGGCGUCCAAUUGCAACUGGAGCCCAGCAAGGAGCACUACAUUCCUCUACAGGAAAAGGAGUCUAACUUCUGAACAUUGGACACCUGCUAUGUCUUGAUACCUCAAACAUAACAGAGAAAUGAGCAUCGGAGCUGAUGCCAGCCCAGAAUCCAUCACCCCAGGACAAUACAGUCAAUCCCCGGAUUGCGAGUAACUUGGUUUGCGAGUGUUUUGCAAGACGACCAAAAUUUAAAAAUAAAUUUUCACUUGAUAAACGAGCGAGGUCUUGCAAUACGAGUAUUAUGUAUACGCUUUGUCUGCCUAGCAUUACGUGAUCACAACUGAGCCAAUGGUUCUUCUCUCUCUCUUGCUGCAGGAUUGUGGGUAAUCGUCUACCGUGUUCGGUCUCAGUCAGCGUCCCUCACUCCUAUAGUCAAAAUAAGUAGAAAAGCACCACACGAAUAAGGGUGUAGCAGUCCGAGCGAUGAAUCGGUUUAACGACAAUGCAAUGUCCACAUUUCCGCAAAAUCGAAAAGGAGGCAAAAGCGGCUGUCAUU